AUGAUUGACGAUGGACCGGAGGUGGACUCGCUUCUGAAGCCCUUUUCCCAUCAUGACGACCAUGAUGAUGAAAGGCGCAGGACGUCAGUGCUGACUUCGGCUGAGCGAGCGCGGGCUACGCUGGAAGAACUUGCUGCUCAGGAUGCGGCCCCCAAGAAGAGUGCCGUUGAGCGGCUGCACGAUAUCGCUUUGGAGGCGGAUUGCGCGACAAUGCUGAAGGCAUGGUUUCAGUAUCUAGACAAAGACCAGAGCGGUCGCAUCGACUACAGCGAGUUUGACAAGGGCCUCAAGGAGAUGAAGUUCACCGGAGGUCCAAAGCAGACGCUGAAGCUGUGGCAGGAACUGGACAGCGACAUGUCAGGGGCAAUCUCAUUUGAUGAGUUCACGCUUCCGGAGGAGGCUGAGCUUUGGCGCACGUUUUGCAGAUUCGCUGGCUCCACUUUUUCCAGUGGCAGGGACAUGCUCAAGCGGAUCCAAAAACAGUAUGCCGAUGCCAACGCUGUUGACAAGGUCGCUGACAAGGCUGUGACAGAACAGGAGCUCUGUGAGAGCCUCGUUGCUUUGGGUUGGACUGGAGGUCAGGAAUCGAUGUUUUUUGACGCUUUUGCAAUCGAGAACGAACAUCAGGUUCGCUGCAUCUAUGCCAGGAGCAUGAGGUGGGUGGACCGCGAGGCCAAGAUGUGGAAGCUGAAGCAGGCGGCCAAGAAAAAAGCUGAGAAGAUGGCUAGUUUGAAACAGAAAAGCCUUCACGAAGCACGGUCUGCUCUUAGAAGCUUCAAGGCUUUCCUGAAGAAGCACUUUGGCAACAUGCUGAGAGCCUGGCGCAAGGCAUUGGACGUUGAUGGCUCGAUGACACUCCAGCGAUCCGAGCUGUUCAAGGCUGUAAAGACUUUGAACUGGAAGGGCAACUGUCGAGCACUGUGGCAAGCACUUGACCAUGACCAGAGCGGCAUCACAACCAUCGAAGAGUUGGAUCCUAGCUCCGCGCAAUUGCUGGCAUACUUCCGGGAGUGGGCUUUGACUGUGAGCCCGUCCAAGAGGCCAAGCGAGGUUUUCGAGGUGCUAGACCGCUUCCGCAGGAAAAAGCUUUCUCACACCCAGUUUCUCCAAGAGGUGGAGUCUCGUGGCUUUAAUCGCUGGAGCAAGCAACUGGUUCCUAUUCUGGACUGGCAAGAGAAGGAUUACCUUUGCGUGCGCGACUUGGAGUUCUUGGAUGUGUGGCGUGCACCAGCUUGGCUGACUCAUGUGGCAGACCCAGAGGCUGCCCAGGCCUUUCGAAAGCAGCUUGUGGCGCGGCAUGGUCACAUCCUCAAGGCCUGGCGCUUCGCCAUGGACAAGGAUUGCUCAAACAGCUGCAACUGGCACGAGUUCCAAGAAGCAGCGAAACUGGUGCGCUUUCACGGCAACCUGGCUGGUGCAUGGCUGGCUUUGGAUGCAGAUUGCAGCGGCAGCAUAUCGCUGAAGGAGAUUGAUCCAGAAGCUCAUGAAUGCCUGACCGCCUUCAAGACUUGGGCUGAUGCAGAAUUCAGCGGUGUACGGUCAGCGUUCAAGGUCCUGGACGCAGAUGGUUCCGGCUCGUUGAACUUUCGCGAGUUCAAAAGCGCUGUCAGGAUGUAUGGCUUCACUGGUGACUGCAAGCUCUUGUUCCAGUGCUUGGACCAGAUGGGCAAAGGAAGUCUGCAGAUGCACGAGGUAUCUUUUCUGGACAACUGGACCAACGAAGAUCUAGUGGCGGAGUCUGAGCUGGGUUCUCUGGAUGAUGGCGCUUCCUCACGGAGGCGUUUUGGCGAAAAUGGAGACCGACUAUUGGAGUAUUACACGGAAAAUCCUGGUCCGGGAACCUAUGCCAUGCCGGGGGGCUUUGGCGCAUCGGACCGGCUUGGACCUUUAGCAGACGACCGAAGUCUGCACAGAAAGGACAAGCUCCUCGUGUGCGCCAGGGACGCAGAUCGCAGAGAAUCACCCAUCUGUGAGUCACUUGACGCGGGAACUCCGCCAUCUCCAUUUCAUGACAACGCGCGACUGCAACUGAGUGCAACGGCGCUUACCACGCAGCCGGCCCUGCCCGUAGACGACCCGUGUCCACUCAGUCCCAUGAUCAAUGGCCACGGAUCGAAAGGUCGCAACCAUCGUACAUCCGGGACGAUCCGUGGUUGGCUUUCCCUGACUUCAUCGCAAGAGUCAGACAAAAUGUCCGAUGUCAUUGGAAGCUGCGGCACCGUGGAGGUCAGAGCCAGGUGGCUUCGGGUUCUUGAUAAGGCCGCCGCUGCUCUGAUCUUUUUGAAUGCUGUGGUCAUGAUGGUGGAGCUGGAGUUGGAAGGACGGGAGGCUGCGGACAUCCUGGCUGGCAAUGCCUCCGACCAGUGCGAAUUUAUCGCCUGCCGUGGAGGAAUCAAUUCCUUCCUCCGGCUCUUAUCUGGAACAUUCGAUCUGCUCUUCUUCGUGGAGCUUUUGGUUCGCAUCGGCCUGGAAAGAGAACUUUGCCGGAGUCUUGCGAGCACUUUCGACACCUUGCUGGCAAUUGCCGGGCUGGUGCCCAUGGUUCUCGUCGUCAUGUUUGAGAUCGGGGCGGUCCAUGGCGGUGUAAGCUUGAUGUACUUCAUUGGGGUCAUCAGAGCCCUGCGAGCGAUUCGGCUCCUUCGGAUCCUCCGCUUUUGCCGUGGCCUUCAGGUGUUUCUGUCGGCCUGCAAGACAUUCCUGUCUUCAUUGGUCUGGGCAGUGGUAUUGUUGGCGAUCUUUGUGUCCUCAUCAGCCUUGAUCGUGGGCAAUAUGCUGCAGCAUUACAUCAGGAAUCCUUUACAGAGUGUGGAAUCGCGGACUUGGAUCUGGGAACAUUAUGGCACUGCUUACAAUGCGGUGUACACAUUAUUCGAAGUGACUUUUGCUGGGAACUGGCCUACGAAUGUACGUCCAGUCUUGGACGACGUGAGCAAGCUGUAUGUUCUCUUUUUCGGUGGAUACAUCCUGAUUGUUGUUUUCGCGCUCAUUCGCGUCAUCACUGCGAUUCUGAUUAAGGAUACCAUGGAAGCUGCGCAGAACGAUGCAGAAUUCAUGGUUCUGGAUGGUAUGCGCAAGCGAUCGGGCUACGUCAAGAAGUUGGAGGGUGUCUUUCAAGCCAUUGAUAAAAGUGGCAGAGGCGUUCUCACGGAAGCCAGGCUGAACGACAUCCUGAGCAACCCCAGCGUGAAGGUCUACUUCCAGUCGCUUGGCGUUGACCUUCACGAAGGUGUGGCACUGUUCCACUUGCUGGACAAUGGUGAUGGAGAAGUCACCCUGGAGGAGUUCGUUGAUGGCAUCUUGCGGUGCAAGGGCCAAGCGCGUGCGAUUGACCAGGUCGCCAUUCAUGCAGACCUCAAGCAGCUGGACGCCAAGCUUACGAAGAUGACGCGGAUAUUUACAGAAGUUUAUCCCAGCCUAUUGAGGAAGUCCAAGCAACCGGCCAAGACUCAACCAACCAGCGCGGGCUUCAUGCGGCGCUUGUCCAUGGACUUUGAACGGUUGCUCGAGGACUCCGUGGACGUAGAGGUCGAUGCUGACAGGCCCAGCGAUGCCGUGCCUCAAACUCCCGUCUCUCCUUCGCCAGCGUCAGGGGAGAGACCAGCUGGAAGCGCAGAGGCAACGCCCAUUGCCAAGGUCUCGGGAGCCGCUCAGCACGCAAAUACCGGCCCACACUGUGGACAGAAGCGCCAAGCGCAGCCUGACUCUUGGUCACUGGUGGGGCUCUCGGGACGAUUGGAGGACAUUUGCCGGGACAUCCGGCGCAGUGUGGAGCAUGAGUUCACACUGUCAGAGCGACAGCUGCAGGCCCAGUUCCAUGCAGAUCUCGAAGCGCAUCGGCUGCGUGCGGAAGCGUUGGCUUGCCAGCAGCAGGCCAAGAUCGAAGCAUUGGAGCACGAGGUAAAAACGACCACCAAGAAGCUGGAGCUCAAACAGAAGCAGGUGAAAGAGUCCUUCGCCUUGUCGCUCAGAGUGCGACAGAAUUUCUUGGCUCGGCUGGCCUUUGAGCGGUCCUUCCGCGCAUGGCAGGCGCGGGCCGCGGAAGCCAAGGAAGAGCAAUUGCAGAACAAGCUGGUCAGCCACCAGCAGGGCCAGCGCUUAGUUGCAGCUCUCUUUGCGUCCUGGCGCCAGGAUGCGCAGAGCGGAAGCCGUGACCGAAUCAUUGCGCAUGAGCGGGCGGCAGCGGGUGCAGUGCGCGCCAAGCUGUUCGAGCAGCCGCCUGUCUUGCAUGGCCGCAUCAACUCCAGCUCGGAAGAAGCGGUCAGCAUUGUGUUCUUCUACGAUCUUCUACGCGCCUGA